AUGAAGGCAACACUCAGCCUUGUCCUGGCUACUGCGGCUUUCAGUACUGCUCAAGUCAUCAAGAAUGGCAAUGGAACCUACACAUGCGCUCUUGACAACGGGGCGUACUGUGUAUCAGCCUCUCUUGAGAGCAAUAUGAUCAUUCGUUGCACCAACGGCAUUGGCUAUGCCAGCAACUGCGAUGAACGGCUGGCCGACAAAGCUCCUCUAGGCUCGUCAUACUCUCCCUGCUGGCAGGUAUCCCCUCGUUCUGGUAACGCUCAAUGCUCAAAGAAUGGCAUCAUCUACCCGGACGGCAACAACACAACGCCAUACCCGGUUCCGAACUACCAGACGAUCAGUGCCAGUAUCUCUAGCGCUGCUACAGCAACCACUGAAGCUUCGAGAUUCGCGUACCUCGCCAACUUCACCACGAGCACGACUACCUCUACCUCGACAAAUACGCACACCACGACUGUCUACAUCUCGGCUGUUCCUCAGGGUACUUAUGCAAACUCAUCGUCUCCGUACUACAACAACGCAACCUCUGGCGGCAGUAUUGCGAAUGCAGUCGCUGCUACUUCAGCGGCAUCAGUCCCGUAUCUGCCAUACUUCCCGGCUCCUAUCAUACCCACUUCUACGCAAUACACAACCGACAUCGUCUACAGCUACACGACCGUAUGUCCUGCUGGUGUAACUAUCACCGACUCUGCAGGCUCAGAAGUGGUGUUGCCAACUCCCUCAACCAUCACUGUGACAACCACGUCUCUCAGUACUAUCACAGCCACUGCCAUUGUUUCUUUACCUUCGCCCGUUUUCGCAUUUGACGUUUCAACUACCUCGUCAUCCAUCGAAUAUGCUCCUAUCGAAACGGCUGUCGCUGCUGCUCCUUAUGCCUGGUCAAAUGCAACUUGGAGCAAUGCCACUACUUUGACUGUCGUGGGCACUGCUGCAACUGUUCCGCUGGCUUCCGCUUCGGCUACAGCUCACGGUCCUACCUGGAACGAGACCAUGGUGCCAUACACAGGAGCUUCCAGCAAGACUGGCGUCUCUUUCGCUAUUGGUCUCAUUACUUUAGUGGCUCUGCUCUAA